AUGGGUUUCACAUUUUCUGACAAUUUAUAUCAAGAUAGGCUGGCAAGCAAGUUUCUAAAUCUGGUUCCUGAGCUGAGAUAUCAGUCCUUAGAGCAGAAGGAACUCUGGUCUGAAAGGCGAGGGGCGAGACCUACGCAUGCAACACACUCUCUUCUUCAAGUGACAAUUUCACUUAGCAAAGUAGAGCUUAGUGUGGGUGAGUCUAAAUUCUUCACAUGUACAGCAAUUGGUGAACCUGAGAGUGUAGAUUGGUAUAAUCCUCAAGGGGAGAAGAUAAUUUCAACACAGAGAGUAUCAGUGCAGAAGGAAGGUAUUAGAUCAAGAUUAACCAUCUACAAUGCAAAUAUAGAAGAUGCAGGGAUCUAUCGUUGCCAAGCAACAGAUGCCAAAGGACAGACACAAGAAGCUACAGUCGUUUUGGAAAUUUACCAAAAACUCACUUUCCGAGAAGUGGUAUCUCCUCAAGAGUUCAAACAAGGGGAGAAUGCAGAAGUGGUCUGCCGAGUCAGCAGCUCACCCGCACCUGUCGUCAGCUGGUUGUAUCAUAAUGAGGAAGUCACCACUAUAUCUGACAAUCGGUUCGCUAUGUUAGCCAACAAUAAUCUGCAGAUUCUCAACAUCAAUAAAAGUGAUGAAGGUAUAUACAGGUGUGAAGGAAGAGUGGAGGCUAGGGGAGAAAUUGACUUCCGUGAUAUCAUUGUUAUUGUUAAUG